UGCAGCCUACCGAGUUCUAAGAGUUACAGUGCAUGCGCAGGCUGACAGGAGGAUCGUUUCCACUACUGCAUCAUCCCGCUCCGCCUGAUACCCACUGCUGUGAUGUUACAGGAUGUUGUGGGCUCACAACUUGUCUCCGACGUCAAGACGCUUUAUCCAGGCGGGUAGCGGCUUUGAUGUGUUGUACGGGCCCUUUCCUUGGGUCCGGUCAUUCGAUAUCCGGAACUCGAAUGAACCACUACGAUUAGUGGGUGGUUGGGAGUUGUUGCACAAACGGGAUACGAUGACUGGGCCUCGACAUUCGAAGCAAGACAUCUUGUUUCCUGCUUCUCACAGGCCUGAACGAACAGCCCUGAAUAGCAUCAGCCACGAUCAACUGUCAGCCAAUUAGCACGGCAGUAGAGAAUAUACAGAUUGUCUGUAUUGGUAGGACUUUGCUUGCAUGCAUCUGGGGGCCAUUGUUGCUCCACAACACCAUGAUUGAGAAUAGGCUUACAGACAGAGGAAGGAUCACACGAGUUCACCUAGAGUCCAUUGUCUGAGUCCGUCGCACCGUGUGCGUCCUGAGGUAUAUAUCUACUGAUAAACCCUGAGACAUCUGGACAAUUGAAUUGUUCGCAGGCCAAAAUCGUAUCUGAUUUCCGCAUUCGGGUCCGUUGAACUUUAGACCCAUCUAAAGUAGCCUCGAAUCCGGCGACACUGAAUGAGAUCGCAUCCACUCAUCUAGAGCAUAUACUACCAGCAUUUGCUCGACAAACUCUCCUUUCAACACACUUCUUUCAUUCUUCUUCUUCUCUUUACUUCAGGACUAUGUGAAGCCGUUUAUUUGAAUUCUCUUCGCUCCAUCAUCUGCCUUUGUCGGGCAAGCCAAGAUGCCUGGCUUGAUACGGCGACUUAUCACUCCUCAACGGUCACAACCCAAUAUCAGAGAUCGGGAUCGUGGUCGCGAUCGCCAUGAAGAUCUCACUGAUUCAUGCGAGGACCUGAGUUCUUGUUGCGCCAAGUCUUCACAAAGAAAGACCAACAAGGCCAAGUCACGUCUUCCACUUCCAAAGAAAGGUGCAACGCCUGUUACUAUUCAAAGGAUACCGGACGUACACCGCGUUGCGAACGCGGUUCCCCGUCUACCGACUCCACGUUUACGAGCACCAUCUGUCAGCUCUUCACGUUGUGAGGGGCGAAAUGCUGCUCUUGAGGCUCUCACAGGCAAUGAUCCCACCAACGGAUGGCCUCUUUGUCCAAGUGAGCACGGACAAGCCCACCCACAUUCCUACCAUCACUCCCAUUCCUCCCAAUCAUCGCGGUACCUGCGCCCCCCUCGGUCUAGGAAUGGUCCUCUCGGCCCUGUCCAUGUAAACGACAAUAGCACACACCUAGAUAGAACCUCACCAGAGGCGUCGAUUCUUUCUUUGUCGGACCAUGGCGCUGAUGGUUACGAGGCCGGGCCAACCACCUGGCAGCCUGCCCAGCCCAUGUACGACGGUCAAAGCCUUGGCUCGUCAUCAGACAGCGUUGACCGUCUGUUUCGUGAGACUGAUGAGGCAUUCAAAGCUCUUGGAUCUGCACUUAGAGAAACCCAACGUGCAUCACAGUUAUCUGUUUUACCUUCACCACCCUCACCACCAGGAAUCCCAACUUUUCACAAACAUUCUAAAUCCAUGCCGCUGCCCACGGGCUUUCAGAAACAUUCGAGAUGGAGAAGGGAGGAUUCGCCUUCAACUUCAUCUCAAAGAUCAUCACCAGACAGAAGGACCUCGGUGGUGAAGAAACCUCAGAGAAAGAAGCAUAGUCUUGUAGGGACUUCGCUUUCAAGAGCAGCGAUCCGCACGCCAAGAUGGACUUUGUCGGAGAACGUGACAGACAUUCUCACAGGCCAGCGUUUCAGACGCAUCGAAGCUGAUGAGAUGUUAACACCGGAUCGCAUCGAAGCACUGCGCAAGAAACGAGAGGCUGCACAACAAUUGGACGACGAGCGCGCUACCACUAGAGAACGAUAUUCUAUCGACUCCGUUCGCAGCGCAGCAUCAGAUAACUCCGAGACAGACAUUGAGCCAUUCCAUCUUGACGAAUUAGCAUCUCGAAUUAGAGCGAGACAGGCUGUGGAGAAUCCGGCAGUUUCGGUCGUAGUAACGCCUCCUGCCGCAGACCCGACUCCUGAUCUGGAUCUUGUUUCCCGAGACGUUUCGAAACGGGCCUCAGGGGAAGAGGAGGAUGAUAAGUCAGUUGGUAGUAGCAAAGAUAAAAGUGACGCAUCGCCAGAGACCUCACCCCAACUGCCGGCCAAGAAUCCUGCACGUCUCGGUGCAGAGGCUUCACAAAAGCUACCAUCGAUCCCCGAAGUAAUGGGGGCUGCGACAGCGAAAGACGAGGCAAGCAUCGAGCCUCUGGCUAGUCCACCAGCCACUGAAGCCAGCAAUAUGAGGAUGGAAGAGAACGAUGAGUUCUUUUACCUCAAGAGUACGCCGUAUACUCUCACAAGCCCAUCUUUCCGCCAUGGACCUAUCACCCUAGCCAAAGCCGAGGUUGGCAAAGGAGCCAAGAUCAUGGACGAUACAUUAGACUGGACAGCGUUCCAGAUGGCGAUUUUGGGAGGAGCCGGGGAUUUCCUCCAAGACAUGUCGAGCGAGGAGGACACAAAGCAGGUGGAGGAAAUCACGUCGUGGUUCGAUACGUUUGGCUUUGAGACAUACGGGGUGCUGAUACCUGGAGACGUGCCUGAGCCAGAACCAGAACCCGUGGCUGUUUCUGUGUCAGAGCACACGCCGUCAAUGAGGUCUUCGGCUCACAGCACUCUCUCGUCGACGCCUUCAACCAUCGACACAGAAGUUGACCUGCCGAUCCCGGUGGGUGCAGAAUUCCCCUCUGGGUUCUGGAACGCCCCGGCGCCCGGCCAGACUCUCAACAAAGCUAAGUUCUAUAACAGCACAGGGCUAAAACGAUGGGUUGGCGAAGGACGACCGAAACGCCCUUCGUCACACAGCUCGGAAGACAGCCUACCACCGAGUCCAAUGAUGCCUCUCGUGGUUCAUAUGGGCGCUGGCGAAGCCGAUAUUCCGGAUACGGUACCGAUGGGUUAUAACCUAGACCAUGACCUUUCUGAUUUUCUGAAGUGGGAAGCGGAAAAUGUGUAUGCAUCUGGGUUCAGUGUAUCACCGUGAGGGUGAUUUUUGUUCGUUCCUUUUGUUAUUCGCGGUUCGUUUGGCUGGGAUGCUGAUGUAUCCAUCCCAUGCAUGCAUGAGAUUUCAUUUUGACACGUUUACCAUAUACCAAAGCAUUGAAGGCGCUGAGAGCAUUUGUAAUAGAUGAUCAACAUAUUGAUACGAAGUAUCACGUUAUAUAGAUGACAUAAAAGAAUUGACGUUGAUGAUACGGCGUG